AUGGCCACCUCCAAUGGCAAAAGUGAAAAAGCUUCCAAAUUUGAGACGCUGAAACUUUUGGAGAAAUGCAGAAAAGAAAGAGAUGAUACCUUGCACAGAGAAAAUGUUCUUAGAGAGAAACUCAGGCAGUACGAGACAAGGGUUCGCUCAACCGAGGCUCUGAAACAGAAACUGAAGACCUUGACGAUAGACAACAAGGAUCUGAGAAAACAAGUGAAGACCCUCCGGACUGAAAUUGGACUUGAGUCCAACCCUAAGUUUAAUGGAAAAACCACCAAGGACAUAAUUAAUGAUUUGCAUGAAAAGGAGCGUGAAUGCAUUUCCCUGGUAGAGAAAGCUGGAAAACUGAGUCUGACUAUUGAUGACUUGACUUCAGAGCUGGCAAACACAGUCACUUCUAAAACACUUUUAGAGGACCAAGUGCAGUCAUUACAGCAAAAUCUCAAGGACAUGACCAAUAAUCAACGUCGCUUGUUGAAAUUGUGGGAAGACAAGAAGAGCCAGAGGGAGCAACUUGCACUCCCUGCAAUUGGGCAGAAACAAUCCACCCAUAAAGGAGUUCAAACUGACAUGUCCAUCAGCUCAUCCCAAAAGCUUCCAGCAAAUGCUUUUGAGACCAAGUCAUUUUCUCAGGACAAUGACAAGAAAAGUGUUAUGGAUAAACACAGUUUUCCAUCUUAUGGAAAUGGUUUUCAUCAUGACAAAAAAGCUUUCCUCCAUGACGAACCUAAAGGAAUUCAGAAUUGA